CUACAGCUAAUCAAACUUUCUCUUCCCUCGGACGCGACAAACUCGAUGAGUUCUAAAAAAAGAGCAUGAGACUAAGUUAUGAGUGAGAAUAUGUUCGUCAUCAGGAGGUGAUCCCGCCAUGUGAGUGGGCGGAGCCUGCGGUAUUCAAACAGUGGCGGCCCUAUAAAAGCGUGCUCAGCGCACGCCGUGGGAGUUUCACCUCCAAUACGUAACGAUUAAAGCCCGGCUCCGCGGAGGACGCACGAUGCACGACUCCGGCGGGGUCCAGCUGGCCCAGGCCCUCAAGCACUCCAUCCUGUGCCUGCUGCUGUUGCCGCGCUUCCUGGCCGCCGCCGUCACGCUGUGGCUGCUGGACUUCCUGUGCAUCCGCCGCAAGGUGCUCCACCAGAUGGGUGCGAGGCCGCACAGCGCCGACGACCCGCCGCUGUGCGUGUCGGACUCCAACCGGAUGUUCACGCUGGAGUCGCUGCGGGCGGUCUGGUACGGCCAGAAGCUGGACCUGCUCAAGUCGGCGAGCCUGGGACGCGCGGCGCCCAACACGGAGGUGUUUCUGGUCCAGGGGCGCCGGCGGGUGCGCAUCCUGGACUGCAUGCGCGGAACGAGGCCGCUCAUCCUCAACUUUGGCAGCUGCUCCUGACCGCCGUUCAUGACGCGCCUGGCCGCGUUCCAGCGCGUCGUCAGCCAGUACGCGGACAUUGCGGACUUCGUGGUGGUCUACAUCGAGGAGGCGCACCCGUCGGACGGCUGGGUGAGCUCCGACUCGCCCUACCAGAUCCUCAAGCACCGCUGCCUGGAGGACCGGCUGAGCGCGGCGCGGCUCAUGCUGGCGCAGGUGCCCGGCAGCAGCGUGGUGGUGGACGGCAUGGACAACGCGUCCAACGCCGCCUACGGAGCUUACUUUGAGAGACUCUACAUCGUCAGGGACCGGAGGGUGGUCUAUCAGGGGGCCCGGGGACCGGAGGGCUACCGGAUCUCCGAGCUCAGGAAAUGGCUGGAACAGUACCGGAAAGACCUGAUCGUGUCUCCGGUGCUGCAAGCGUAGCCCGGGGGAACAUUUGCAUCUUCUUCUCUUUUUAAAAUGCAGGUUCUGGCCUUGCAUGGUUCUGCUCAGUUCUAAUCGGGUGGUUCUUGUGCGUAAAAGCUGCCAAAUAAAGACAGUUUUAUUUUUAUUUGGGGGGUAGGGGGCACCCCUGGGUGUUUGCGUGAAGUGCGGUUCUUAAACGGCGCAGCCACAGAACCGACACUGAUGUUUGUGACACCCGGUGGGUGUCCAAAUGACCUGUUGGAUUGAUGGGGCCCCAUGGUGUGACGUCACGCUACGUAAUUGAACAAAACUAUUUUGUAAAAAAAAAAACAAAUAAAUAACACUGAAUCACUUUUGACUAAAGACAUUCUGUAAUGUGUGUUCCCACUUGAAGUAAGGACACAUCAUUAGGUACACAUCAAGUCAUAUCCAAUACAAAUAUUGGGUAACACUUUAGUAUAGAGAACAUAUUCAAAUUAAGUACUUAUUAAUGCCUUAUUCUGCAUGGCCUUAUUACACAACCAGUGAGCCAUUAACUAAGAGUGUUCCCUCAAUAACCUCAGAAUUAUUGCUUAUUAGUAACCCGAACCCUUAUAUGUCCAAAUAACUCUAAAUUUAGUCUCUGUUACUCAUAAAGUGUUACCAAAUAUUGUUAUACUUGUGCCCUCAUUAAGUGCCAAUCAAUCAAAACACAUUAGGUGUACUUAAUGAAAUGUCCAGUCAGCGUGCUGUUAAAAUGCAUGAAAAAAGCUCCUCUUGAUUUGUCGUAAACAUGACAUGGUCACACAGAUUGUCAACAAAGUGGGCUUGAGAGUAGAGGUUUGAGUUCCGUGGUGAAGUACGGGGAGCUAAAGUGGAUUUAAUCCUUUUAAUGCCAGCACUAACCAGCAUGAUGCAACUGUCCUGGCAGAGUCUCAAAGGAACUGAACUUCCUUAACUGAAAAUAAGUUACUUAAAACCUGACAGUUUAUCUCACGACGAUGUAUCUCCUCAUGUCAGAAUGCCAGAAUCAAACAUAAUGACAAAUGAUGAUAUUAGAAGGCAUAAUAAUUUGCAAUUUAAAAAGUAUCUUUCAACGACAAAAGCCAAACCGAGGCUUGCAAUGUGCUCCAGUAAAUAUUAGAAAUUAAACAUUUUACUAUUCAAACUUUUUCGACCCUCAAUUAAGAUGACAAAUACAUAUAUUUACAUUAAUUGUAAAAAAAAAAAAAAAAAAAGAUGUAUUUACUUUAGAUUAAAGCAACGGUAGCACAUGAACAGUCUGGUAUUAUAAUGUAUUAUAUAACUUUGUUUUAUUUAAAAAGCUGAUAAUGACAGUAAAAUACAAUUGCAGGUUUAUAAUACAUCGUUAUUAUAAAAUUAAAAUAAAACAAUGUUUGACACAAGCAAAAAUGUAUUAUAUGUUAUUUAAGUACUUUUCCCAUGUUAAAUUUGGAUUAUUGCAUAGUGAGAGAUCGACUGAAUUGUUUUAAUUUAAAUGUACAAUGUAUAUACAGUACAUAUAUAAAUAUAUAUUUAUUUUUUAUUAUUAUUUUUUUUUAAUCCUUCAAUGUUUUGAAUAUGUUAAAAAAUGGGCCAUUUUAAGUUGUAGUGUAAUAGGGGUGUCCCGAUACAACAUUUUCACUUCUGAUACGAUACGGAUAUUGGAGCCCUGAGUAUUGGCUGGUACCGAUAUCAAUCACAUUUGAUAUCAGCAUGAAUCAUGCGUAUUUGUAGUGUUGAAUGUUAGAAAAGGUUUGAUCAAGAGAAAUUAGUUAAACACAGAAUAAUGGUAUUAAUGAAAAACAAUAACCUAUUUAUCAUAACCUUAUAGAAUGAACCUAUGCUUUCCUUAAACUGAAGUGGAGUGGUAAUUGUUUUGUUUGUUUAGCGACACCUUGUAGUCCCGAUAGUUCUUGAAGUUUAGCUCAUGACGUAGUAAAUUGAAUAAUGCGGACACGUUUGUUACUGCAUACUUCCCAAUACGCUUCUGCCUUGGAAGCUUUGCAUGUGUAAGUAAUAUGCAUCUAUAAUUAAUUGAUACUUGUUUAUCUUGACAAAUGUGCUGUUUUAGAUUGCAAUAUUGUUUACUUAACGACACCUAUUACGUAUAUGUCUAGCUUGUGUGCUAUUGUGUGCUUAGCUGUUGUGUUGCUGCUAGGUCCUAGUAGACUAUAGCCUACCAUGUUUACCUUUUGUAAAUGACUUGACUAAAAUACAAGAAAAGACCAACCAUGUGUGCUUAUUGGAGGACAUUUAGAUGUUAACUGACUGUCCAGCUUUGCACAAGUAAACACUGUUUGUGUUGGACAUUAUAUCACACAUUUUACAUGCAAGUUGAUAUUUUAUUUUAUAUCGGCAUACCCCAUCAGUGAAAAUUUAGAGAAAAUUGUGUAUCAGGAUGUUGGAAUGAAAGCAUAACGUGGUUUAGGAGUGCAAUAUUUAUACGUUUUCAAGUCUUAAGAGCUAGAGGACAAUUUGUUGUUUUUAACCAAGUGGGAUUAGCGAGCAUACAAAGCACUAAUUCAUGAGAUCUAGUCACAUCCUCUACAUUCUAUUCUGUGACACGUUAAUGUAUGCAUGGAUGUACGGAACACUGAGAAAUACCAAGCUCUUUGAUGAUUCAUCUCAGUCGCAUGCGGCUCAGAAAACAACGGCCUCCCUCGCCCCCAUCCUGGAAACUCCUCCUCUGUUAUUUGGUAAGGAGACCAGAAAAAAAAACAUUGAAAAACAAAAAGACAAUUUAUGGUCAUCAAUAAGUGCAGACACAAACAUGCUGAUAAAGAGCAUCAAUUGAUUGGUGAAGUCUGACUGACCUGAAAUAACUGAUAACCCAGAAAG